AUGAUAGUCCAGUACCCCGCCCAUUCUGCAGGUUUAACUUUGCCAUCUGCUGCUCACCCACGAGAAAAAUACGGUAAAUUAAAUUAUGUCUUGAGCUCCAAAUGGAAAAAGGUUUGCUUACACUAUAAUAACUUGUUUUACAGAUGGGAAGCAAUUGUUGAUUUGUUGCACAAAACUACCGACUCACAUGUUAAGCACACAGGAAGAAAAAGAGAAGAUGCUCCAGCAGUCGUUGAAGGCUCAAAUGAUGGCAACCAACAUAAACCAGAGGACUUGCCCAAGGAGACACUUUCUACAAAUUGUUUGAACUGGGACAGUGUACAGUGCCAGCCACAGAGGAAUAGCAGGCCUGUGUCUGAACCUGUUUUAUAUCACUCUGAACAAAGCAGCCCAAUAGAUCAGGAGUCUUGGAUUGAUCGAUUCAAGAAACUAGAAAAUGCUCUGCGGUUGUGCCAGAUAGAAAACAGCGGUAUGGUAGAAAAGGAGCGAGCCAAAUGUCUUAUUCACAACUAUAACUUGAUUUAUAAUUUAAGUAUAAGCCCUCUGAAGAUUAUUGAAGCACUGCAGAAGUUCAGCUCAGGGCAGAAUACGCAGCUGGACCCUAUUCUACUAUAUUUGAAAGAGCUGUAAACAGGAUCAUCUUCAAGGUCUACAUGUACUUCUUUAGUACUGAAAAACCCUUCAUAUAAAAGCCAGUUUUUCUUAUUUAAAAGAGAACUAAACCCUAAAAAUGAAUAUGGCUAGAAAUCCUAUAGCAGUUAUGUUGCAUGCCUUCAAACUUGUCCCCAUUAACUUAUCAGCUUGAUCUUGUUAGGACAUCUUAUGAGUGUUACUAACACUGAACAUGCUCAGUGUACUCUUGGCUAAGCUAAACUUCUAGAAAUAAGGGAUUCAAAAUAAGCCCUGGCAUUUCAAGUACAAAGAGGCCCAAACAGCCCCCACAGACCCACUAAACAAUGACUGUCUCUGGCAUCUUACAGCAGCCCCUAUGGUAUUUGGCAGAAUCCACAGACUGCCAGGCCUGUCCACAAAAAAUAUUACAAUAGCAGAGACAUCUACCACAGAAGUGUAUGUUACAAGGCUUAUUAGUAAUCAGCACUGAAAAAGAAUGUGUUGGUUUCUAUACUGCCAUGUAAUGUGACCUUGUACAGCUGUACCAUGAUUUUUAUGAUUAUAUUUAUACAUGUUUUACAUUGUAAGCAGAACAAAAAAGAAGAUGAGUAGCUACUGGGGAAACUUCAUGGGCACAGUAGGUGCAGCAUUUCUAGGCUACUUCUUUGUUGAGGUUUAGUUAUCAUUGGAAGUGAAACAAGUAUGUAACAUGAACAUUAAAAAAGAAAUAAAAUGACAGAAUGUGUGCAAUCAUAAAUAUUUUGUGUAAAUGUUCUCUCCUUAAGAAGGCUAUUAACCCCUUGCCCCCAUAGUGAUGGCUCUCUCGUCUCCACACAGUGAUUUUGUUAGGUGCCUCAGUCCAACUCUGUUCACUCAGGUAUUCUAGUCUUUCCCAUACUUAUUAAAAAAGGUCACAGAUGUGGUACCCAUGGUCUAUAAAUCUGCAAUCUCCAAAAUGAAAGGCUAUAUAUAUAAAACUACUGUUUUGUUAAAAAGGAUGUAAUUAAUA